CUCUCUGCUACUCUACUCUACUCUACAGUGGAUUAACAAUUCCAUCUACACAAUUCUCUCUCACUGCGCCCACCACCUUAGCUUAGCUUAGCUUAGCUUAUCUUCAAAGUUGAAGAAGAAGAAGCAGCAGCAGCCAUGACCAAGGAGCUGAGCGAAGAGCCGGGCGCCGCCGCCGCCGCUCCCCACAAGGACUACGAGGACCCUCCACCUGCCCCGCUCUUCGACCUAGAUGAGAUCAAGCAAUGGUCCUUCUACCGUGCCCUCAUCGCCGAGUUCAUCGCCACCCUCCUCUUCCUCUACGUCUCCGUUGCGGCCGUCAUCGGCCACAAGAAGCUCAACGCCGCCGAUCUAUGCGACGGCAUCGGCAUCCUCGGCAUCGCCUGGACAUUCGGCGGAAUGAUCUUCAUCCUCGUCUACUGCACCGCCGGCAUUUCUGGCGGACACAUUAACCCGGCCGUGACGCUGGGGCUGUUCCUGGGGCGGAAGGUGUCGCUGAUUAGGGCUGUGGCGUACAUAAUAUUCCAGAGUUUGGGAGGCAUCUGCGGCGUGGGGCUGGUGAAAGCUUUCAUGAAGACCUACUACAACAGGUACGGCGGCGGCGUAAACGUGGUGGCCCCGGGCUACAACAACGGAACUGCGCUCGCCGCCGAGAUCAUCGGCACCUUUGUGCUUGUCUACACCGUCUUCUCCGCCACUGACCCCAAGCGCAGCGCGCGUGACUCUCACGUUCCGGUUCUGGCUCCACUCCCCAUCGGAUUUGCGGUGUUUAUGGUUCACUUGGCCACCAUCCCCAUCACUGGCACCGGCAUCAACCCGGCCAGGAGCUUCGGGGCCGCUGUCAUCUACAACAACCACAAAGCUUGGGAUGACCACUGGAUAUUCUGGGUAGGGCCUGCGUUGGGAGCACUGGGGGCAGCGAUAUACCACCAGUUCGUACUCAGAGCAGGCGCCAUUAAGGCUUUGGGCUCCUUCAGAAGCAACGCUGCCAAUUGAAUUGAAUUGUUGAUUGAUUUUUAUCUUUUACAUGGGUCUCUCUCUCGCUUUGUUUUCUUCGUCUGUUUCGUGUGUGUGUGUGUGUGUGUGUGUGAAUUUUAUUUAUUAUUAUUAAUUAAUUGAUGUAUUUGUUGACGAUUGAACUGCGUUAAAUGAAUUAGAGGAGAAUGUUGUUGUGAA